ACAUGCAUGCCAGUGUAUCAGCCAACCACUGAACAACAUCUACACUCGAUUUAAUAGCGCGCAAAUCAGAAUAGCAGCCACUCUCAAAAAAGCACGCAUGCCGACCCCGUGUCACGUGAUUCAUUGGUUUGAAAUUGCACAUUCACCUUUCUGUACAACGUUCGCCUUGUUCUGUCGACCGCGCACAUUGCAGCGACAGACAGCGCACUAGCCACACAAAGCCAGCUGAGGACUCUCUGUUUUCAAUUGUAUACGUCAGUGUCAGAGUAAGCUAAGAAUGGCGGAAGAGGCAAUCGAGGUAAUCGAGGCGGCCGAGGAAGCCAUCGGCAAUGAAGCGGAAGCGGCCGAGGAAGCGGGCCUGGACGAGGAAGAGCUGGAAGAAGUCGAGAAGGAAGUGGCAGAAGUCAAGGAGAACGUCUCCAAACUCGGCAAGGUGGCUGAGUACCUGAAAAGUUUAGAAAUUCCACAGACGUUGCUCAAGUUCACCAAGUUCGUGGUGAAGAACGCGGCGGUGGGGGCCAUCUUUUACGGAGUCACCGUCGCCCUGACCAAGCUGAGUCAACCGUCGAGCAGCGGCGGCAGCAGCAGCGGGGGCAGCCAGGCAGCUAAGACGAAGUACAACAAGAUCAACGCCUUGAGCAGUCUAAUCGCGGAGCUGACAGACAUCUCACAGACCGUGACGGAUUGGCUGAAGGGGCACCAAGAUGACACCAUCACUCUCGACGGUAUCUCUGUGCCCCUGAUUGACAUCUUCUCCAAGUACACCACAAAGAUGGGACAGGCCGUUGAUGAUGCUUAUGCAGUUGCCAAGACCCUCAUAAUCGAGACAGACGGUAAGAAGACGUUCUCCAUUCCAACCACAGACCAAGUCGUCACUGUCAUCACCGCUUGUGAUUCAUUCAUCACUGCGUUUAGUGAGAUGGUCACCUUUGCUGAUGAGAAAAAGGCCGAGUUUUCAGUCCUGAGUACGCUUCCAGUAUCACAGAGCGAUGUCGUUACUCUCAUUGCCAAGUUGAAUGACCUCAAAGCUCUUCCAUAUGCGUAAACAGAAUGUGUUUACUGACGGUCUUGAACAAAAAAUAAUUCUGAUGAAAGUUGACAUAGAUUUCAGUUUGAGAACGAAAAAUGCCGGAGAAACAUUUGAACGUGCGCCCUCCUAAUUACCGUACCCAUGCGUUACCAACUGAGCAAUUUUGCCCUGUCAAGUGAUCUCUCUAAAUGUAAACUAGUAAAAAACACCACUAAUUAUAUUUCGUUGUGUCCCUAACACGGAUUUUUACAAAUGCAGAUAGCCCUCUUUGGCCCAUAAUUUUUUUCUGUUAUUUGCAAAACCAUGAAAGUACUAUAACUUUACUUUGAUUAUAUAAUUAUUGGGCAAUUCCACGGUAUUGAGCGUACGUUUUGGUUCUGAAGAGUACGGAAUUAAAGUUAUACACAAUGUCACAGUUUAGGUUGAGAAAAGGUUUAAACUAGUUACUGAUUUCAAAAGAGAAUUGUUCAUGAAACCUUUACUGUCUUACUGUCGAAAUGGCUUAAAAACGCCAAGGUGUUGGACGUAUCCUUGAAAACUUCUUUAGGAGUUUAAAUUUGUGGAAACCGUAACUUUAUCCGUUGGAGUUACAUGUCUGACAUUGCAUAUAAACAAGGUUGGAAAUAACCAGUCUUAAUAAAUGAAUUGGUUUUUAUGUUUCAAAGAACGCUUUGACAAUAAAUGUGUCCUUCCUCUCUGUCUUACAGCAGGAAGCCUCAAUAUUGUUCACACUUAGCAUGCUACCAAGGCGCAAAAGAAAACACCAAAACCCUUAUAUUUACCACUAGACCACUUUUUAAUCAAUAAAUUCGCGUUUGCUUGUUAGAACUUCUCAGCACGUCACUGAAAUAAAACACGUUUUCCUCCUUUACUUUCAGGUUAUAUGUUUGAGAGUGUGAAAAUUAUUUAGAAAUUAGACAAUUAGAAAAAGCUGGUAUUUGGGGUGAUUUAACUUCUCGGUAGUAUAUUCCUAUAGGUUUAUUUUACGUUUCGUCGUUGGGUAGAUAGAGUAUUGUUCAUUUGCAUCUGAGAGGUACAUAAAUGACUAUCAAUUGUAAGAAGAGCAGCAUUA